AGAGAAUGCGGGCCGUUCUGCUGCUGUGUGUGGCGUGUGUGUGGAGCUGGCCGGGGUUCGUGGGAGCUCAGUUCCCCCGGGCUUGCUGCACUGUGGAGGGGAUCGUCUCCAAGCAGUGCUGCCCGGCACUGGGCUCUGAUCCAGCCGACAUGUGUGGGACUUUAUCUGGGCGAGGAAACUGCUCCGACAUCAGAGUGGAUACCAAGCCCUGGGGUGGACCUUACAGACUGAGAAAUGUAGACGACAGAGAGAGAUGGCCCACAAAAUUCUUCAAUCGUACCUGCAGGUGCAAUGGUAACUUUGCGGGCUACAACUGCGGGGACUGUAAGUUCGGCUGGACGGGGCCUAACUGUGACCAGCUGAAGCCUCGCGCGGUGCGGAGGGACAUCCACUCUCUGACCCCCGCCGAGCUGCAGGACUUCCUGGACGUGCUGGACCGGGCCAAGACCACCACGCACCCGGACUACGUCAUCGCCACCCAGCACUGGCUGGGAAUACUGGGGCCCAACGGCACGGAGCCCCAGUUUUCGGAUAUCUCCAUUUACGACUUCUUUGUGUGGCAGCAUUAUUACUCUGUCAGAGACACAUUGCUAGGACCUGGACGACCAUUCAAAGCCAUCGAUUUCUCCCACAAAGGGCCUGCCUUCAUCACCUGGCACAGAUACCACCUCCUCAGCCUGGAGAGGGAACUACAAAAACUGACAGGGAAUGAAAACUUUGCCGUCCCAUUCUGGAACUUUGCCACCGGGAAGACAGAGUGCGAUGUGUGCACAGACUCUAUCCUGGGAGGGCGCGACCCCAACGACCCCUCCCUCAUCAGCCCCAACUCCAGAUUCGCCAGAUGGGGAGUGGUCUGUAACAGCCUGGAUGAGUACAACCAGCUGGUCACCCUGUGCAACGGCACCAGCGAGGGCCCCCUGAGGAGGGGGGGGAUGGAGCGGGCCAACGUGACCCUGCCCACCAUGACCGACGUCAGGAGCUGCCUGCGGCUCAGGGACUUCGACAGCCCCCCCUACUUCACCAACUCCACGUUCAGCUUCAGGAAUGCUCUGGAAGGCUAUGACAUGCCGGACGGGGAGCUGGACAGCUCCGUGGCCAAUCUGCACAACCUGGUGCACUCCUUCCUCAACGGAACCAGCGGCCUUUCCCAUUCCGCUGCUAACGACCCCAUCUUCCUGCUGCUCCACGCGUUCACUGACGCCAUAUUUGAUGAGUGGAUGAGGAAAUUCCCGCAGAACUCCAGCUUCCCUGACGAGAUGGCACCCAUUGGGCACAACAGGCACUACAACAUGGUGCCAUUCUUCCCCCCAGUCACCAACGAGGAGAUCUACGUGCCCUCUGCAGACCUGGGCUACUCCUAUGCUGUGGAACUGGAGGAUGCGGAGGGCACUCCGGUGGUGGUGCUGGGCUCUGCCCUGGGCGGCGUGUUCCUGGGCCUGCUGCUGCUGCUGAUGCUGCUGAUGCUGUACGUGCAGCAGCGGAGGAAGAGAGGCUUCGAGCCUCUCAUCAAGGCCGAGUUCACCAACAAGAAGUACACCGAGGAGGCAUGAGGCCCGCUGCCACGCAAGAGCCAGAGGUGGAGCAGUCCAGUUUCAGAAAGUACAAGUCCUACCUCGUACCUGUGCCAACCACUCACGUAAACCAGCUGCUUCUAAUUAGCACAACCUUUCAGCCAGGUAGAGCAGCUAAUUGAUGAGAUCACCUGUGUUAGGUGUAUAGAUAGAACCAAUACAUAAUUGGACUUUUACUUUCUUGAUUUCUCCCUUGGGGAUCAUUAAAGUAUCCAUCUGAAGCUGGAGUUUUCCACCUCUGCGAAGAGGCACAGAGGAGCAACUUGCACAAUGUGUUAACAUUAGCCUGCAUGGGCGGGCUCCUGUAAAGCUGUUAUGUUGUAAUCAGAUUUCACACUCUUGAGCUCACCACUUUCUUACUCUUAAAGAUUUAAGAUUAAAGUCCCUGCUGGGAUCCCUCUACAGAUGUACUGUAUUGUGAUUAAAUGUAUCUCUUCUGAUAUACUUGAAAAUACACGUUAUUCAGAAACGCUUUCUUCUAAUCAGCACAGUGGCCUUAUAAUGAUAAGAAAGCGGACACAUUUUUAAACAUAUUUAUUUGCAAGAAAGAGUUACAAAACCCAAAAUGCAAACCAUUUAAAUGUUUUACAAACAUUGUAAGGCAUAUUUUGUUAGUACGUUCUGUGUGUCAUGUCGGGAAUCAUUUUUUUGUUAUUGGGACUAUCUUCCAGUAAUCUCAUGUAAUUUUCUUUGACAAAUGUAUGGAUGCUUCGGAGCCAAAUGUACUUUAUAUGAAACACCACCGUGUAUCUAACUAAAAGCCAAGCUGCUGUGAACACUUACAUGUUUUUAAACGUCUAAAGUCAUUUUUGAAUUUUUUGAACACUGUGAUGAAUCGAGCUAUUUAGCUGCCCAGUCCAUUCCACCACUGUAACUCAAUGACAUAGUAAAUCCCAAAUACUGUAAUCAAGUCUGUAACACGGGGAUCAUAAAACCAAUAACAUUGUUGUGAGAGACCUUGUCAGACCUAUGUCUUAUUAUUGCACAGCAAUAUUCUUAGAUAUAAUUUUGUAUAGAUUUUUACUAAUACUCUAUGGAAUAAAAUUCAUUUCACAAAUUCAGUACAUUUGCAUAAAUUUAGAUACAUCAAAUAUCCUGUGACU